UCUCAAAGCUUUUUUUUAAACUAAUAUAUGUUCUUCAAGCUAAAUUUAGCUUUAAUAAAAAUCCUUGCUAGUAAUUUUUCCCAUGCAUUCUGUUUUGUGUGUGAGAUUAUUAUUUGACUUUGCAUGACUACAGUAUCUAGAUGUGUAUAGAAUGACACAACGGCAGAUGGCUUCCACUGAAAGGAGCCUACGUAUCCAAGCCGAUGAUGACCUGAAGUCUAUGAUUGUGGGUACGGUGAUGAGAAAAAUCAAGUCUCGGACGUGGAAGAAGCAGCGUUACUUCAGGCUACAAGACGACUGCAUGACUAUCUGGUACAAGAGCAAGAAGGCAGGAAAUGCUCACUCCACCUUUUCUGUGAGUGAUGUGGAGGCCGUAAGAGAAGGGCACCAAUCUGAAGUUCUUCUUAGCAUCGCCGAUGAGUUCCCACCCGACCGCUGCUUCACUCUGGUUUUUCGUGGUCGUCGUGGCAAUUUAGACCUUGUGGCCGAAUCAGCUGAAGAGGCGCAAUCUUGGAUUAAAGGGAUACGCAAACUCAUCGAUACCCUAGAGAACAUGGGGCAGAGAGAGAAACUAGACCAAUGGAUCUGCGAUUGGUUUAAAAAAGCAGACAAAAACAGAGACGGGCAAAUGAACUUUAAGGAGGUCCGAGAUCUGUUGAAGAUGAUGAAUGUUGACAUGAACGAGCAUCACGCCUUGCGCCUCUUUACGCUGGCCGACAAGUCUCAGUCAGGUAACCUCGAAGACGACGAGUUUGUGCUGUUCUAUAAGAUGUUAACUCAGCGAGAAGACGUCCUGCGAGUGUUUCAGGAAUAUUCAGGUGACAGGCAAAAACUCACGCUCCAAGAUCUGGUAGACUUCCAACGGGAGGAACAGCUACACGAGGAUGGUGUUCAACAGUACGCCCUUGAACUCAUCAAUCGUUAUGAACCAUCGGACACGGCUAAAAUGUUGCACGUAAUGACAAUCGAUGGUUUCCUGAUGUACUUGAGCUCAACGGAAGGCUCCAUCUUCAACCCUGCUAUGUUGGAACUCUAUCAGGACAUGACCCAACCUCUCUCCCAUUACUUCAUAUCUUCUUCUCAUAACACGUACCUCCUAGAGGACCAAAUCCGAGGACAAAGCAGCGUGGAAGGCUAUAUACGAGCACUAAAACGUGGCUGUCGGUGUGUGGAGGUGGACUGCUGGGACGGCCCAAAUGGAGAGCCAAUUGUCUACCACGGGCACACGUUCACUUCGAAGAUCUUCUUCAAGGAUGUGGUCUCCGUGCUGGCUAACUAUGCGUUUAAAACAUCACAGUACCCCGUCAUCCUGUCCAUUGAGAACCACUGCAGUGUAGAGCAGCAGAAAGUCAUGGCCCAACACCUCACUCAGAUCCUGGGAGACCAACUGCUCACAAGCACCUUAGAUGGAAUAAUUCCCAUCAGCCUCCCGUCCCCUGAGGAUCUGAAAGGGAAGAUUUUGUUGAAAGGAAAGAAGAUAGGAGGAUUAGAGGACAAAAUGAAUGGUAUGGUGGAUGACACUUUGACAGGAGAGGUGAGCGAUGAAGAGGAGGCGACUGAAAUUGAUGAGGAGCAUCGUCGCAACGACAGCAUACGACAAAGAAGCAAGAAAUCGAAGCAGGGUCUGUCUAAGGAGCUCUCCGACUGUGUGGUGUACUGCAAGAGUGUUCACUUCAGCGGCUUUAAACAUUCACAAAUCCACUCCAAGUUUUACGAGAUCUCCUCCUUCACAGAGUCCAAAGCCCGGAAACACAUGCGGGAGGCAGGAGCUGAAUUUGUUCUUCAUAAUGCUCGUCAGUUGAGUCGGGUUUACCCCAGCGGACUAAGGACUGACUCGUCCAACUUUAACCCACAGGACAUGUGGAAUGUAGGGUGCCAAAUCGUUGCUCUGAACUUUCAGACUGCAGGGGUGGAGAUGGAUCUAAACGACGGUUUGUUCUGUCAGAACGAGCGCUGCGGAUACGUGUUGAAACCGGCAUUCAUGCGCAACACCGAUAAGAGGUUUGACCCUGAAAUCCCACAAAAUCGAGACGGAUACCAACCGCUUAGUUUGUAUAUACAGGUAAUCAGUGGCCAGCAACUGCCCAAAGUGAAUAUCAAAGAGGACUCGAUCGUUGACCCGCUCGUUCGGGUGGAAAUUCACGGUGUGCCACUGGACCAGGCCAAGCAGGAAACCAGAUACAUCGACAACAACGGUUUUAAUCCAGUAUGGUAUGACACCCUUCAGUUUAACAUUCAAGUGCCUGAGCUUGCUCUGGUUAGGUUUGUUGUGGAAGACUACGACAAAACGUCAAAGAAUGACUUUGUGGGCCAGUUCACGCUCCCUUUCACCUGCAUUCAGCCAGGAUAUCGUCACAUCCAUCUCCUUUCUAGAGACGGCACGAGCAUCGCUCCCGCAUCCCUGUUUGUUCAUAUCCGGAUAACAAAAAUGACGUAAAACGAAUGUCACUUAUUUUACGUUAACCAACUUAAAGUGACACGCACAAAAUGUAGAAAGAUCAAUAAUGGAGCAAUAUCAAGUCUUCCCAGUUGCACAAUUACUUAUUUCAGAACGCUUGACAUAUAAAAUUAGUUUAUGUAAAAACUACACAGUAUACAGUUUUGCACUUAAGUUGUGUUUCUGUUUAUUUAGUUGAAUUCCAUGCCAAAUAUUUUUUGUUAAUUUACUACUUUUAUUGUUUGUUAUUAAGAUUUGUGUGACUGUAGUUAAAGUAGCUUAAGUGUAUCUUAAGGGCGAUUUAUUGUUCUGCGUCAGACCUACAUCGUAGCCUAUGCAGAUCUGCGUACCCUUUGCAGAGCCGCGUACCCUACGACGUAGCCUGACGCCCACCUCUCCAAAAAUGUAACAACGCGUCAACUUGAGUCAUUGUGGUCGUUGCCUGUCGACGCGGAUAACGACGCAGAAUAUUAAAUGAAAACCAACUCGUAACCUAUUGCGUAGAGGCUACGGGGUAGGUCCUACGCACGACUAUAACUAACACUUUACUCUGAGAGUCUGUACAAGUUACAAUUUUGCAUACAUUAUCCUCCCUUUCUCUCUUAAUAGAUAAAAUCUCUAUUUAAUAGAUCAUUCCUGUUUGACUUUUUUGUCAUGCUAGUAUAAGAUUAAAUGUUUCUUACCCCUUAGACAAUUUCAGAUUGGCCAUAGAUAGACUUUUUGGUGCAAAUUGAGGAAGGUGCAAUAAAGAAGAAUAGAAGUUGUUUAUUAGUUAUAAUACAGUGUGGGUUGCUAUAUACAUGUUUGGAAUUGAGUAAAGAGAUAAUGAGCACCAGCACAAUGGCUCAAUUACAAUCUUGCUGUGGCGUUGCAGAACCUUAAGGGCCCGACUCAGUUACACAGAGAUACUGAAGGAGGGCUGUGAAAAUGUACACUGUCUGUUCCCACCCCUAUUUACUGUAACACAUAUAACAGUGUUUAUGUAACAAAAUACACAACAAUCAGUGCAUCAAAAUCACCAUUUACAAACAGCAGGGUUGUCUGUCUUACAUGCUGCUAGUAUUAUAGUGUUAUGUAUAUUUUUAUAUUUCUAAGCUCUUUAUGAGCCAA